AAGAGGGGUCCGAACUUUCAAGAAGAUUUGCGUGCGCUAAGUUUACGCGGAUGUUAAGGGAGUGAAUAUACGAGCACGUGCUCUACAUGCUGCAAACGCGUGUUUCGUUCCCCCACCGCAUCUUUGGUUUUGUCAUUCUACCAAAUCGAUCCCCUCUAUAUUACCGCAUCCUCAUUGCAUCCUCACCGCGCUUACGCACGCUAUACACACGCUAUAAGCCGAUAUUGUGUCAACUCCCGUCGGAAGAAAAUAUAUCAUACACACCAUGUACUUGGCCGAAACAACAAACGGUGCGUGCUUGUUCGCUUCUCUGCCCUUGCUUCAGAGGUCACUGGCAUCUGAAGGGCGGAAAUUGUGGAGUACAGGAACAACAACUUACCAACCCCGUCGGUACGGAAGCACGCGUCGACCGCCUGCGCCACCGACAAGCAUCGCUUUAGACGAUCGAUUCGACCAAAUGACUACCGAGGUACCAACGGAGUGGAACGUGGGCGGAGGGAAUGGUCGGGACUAUGAAGAGUCUAUUAGUGGAUAUCAGAACUACGUCAAUGAGAUGGAGAUGAUGUUGGGUGCGCAGGUGGAUGUUGAGGAGGAAAGAGUGAGGGAUAGUACAGCUUCGGUGACGACUCGUCGAGUUCGUCGGGCUAGUCCUGAGACUUGUCGCAGUCCGCUUGCGGGGGGAGGGAGACGAAGCUUGUCUGGAUUCGCAAGUAUGGAUAAUAUCCGACAGGUGCAUGGUAGGAAGGCAUCAGUCGAUCUGGUCGAACAUCGAAUCUUGGAAGAUGGGCCGAACAGGAGCAUCUCGAUGUGGCGCGAACGAGUGGCGCGAAGUAACGCUACCGAGGACAGUGGUCGAAUUCCUGGAGACGUACGUAGCGAGACCAACAGCCACGCGCACCGGAGACUUCCCUCAGCAAGUUCGCAAGCCAGACGGGCUUAUGGUCAGGAAUAUGGCAGACCUCGAGCAGAGUCUUUGGCGAGCGUCACAUCCCCGAGGAGGGGUAAGGAAGUGACUAGGAACUAUGAGCGAAGCGAGUAUAUGGUCAUGUACCAGAAACCGACCAAGCAUGGUGGGAUCCCAUCACAUUUGCAUCCACCAUCGGAGGUGGGGUUUCCAAGGCUUGGCAGUAAACGUAGUAUGGUGCCUUCAAGUCCAAGGAUUCCAAAGUCCAACACCCGCGCCAUCUCGCCAACGAUACGAAAGACAUCUGGACGAUCGCAGCAAGUACGUGACAAAUACGUGAUCACAUACCCAAACACUCCUCCCUACAGCCAAGGCAGUUUGCCAAGUUCAUCCAACCCGAAAGGACCAAUCGUUGCUCAAAACCACCCAAGCUCCCCUCGUCCAUCCAGGACAUACAUCCCCAUCGAGGGAGUCGAAGACGCAAGCGCUCUGAAAGCAACAUCAACUUCCUCCGUGGAGUUGAUCCUUGCUUCGUGUGAACCGUCCUUGCUUCACAUUGCACCGGCGUUAGAAGUCCUAGGUAUCACUAGGCUUGAGCAUUUGAGAGCGAUCAACAGGUUGAGCGACGAGACCAGAGAUAAGGAGGUGAAAGAGGAAGCGUUGAAACAGGGAGUUACGGUGAUGGAGUGGGCGAUACUAGUAGACAAGCUGCAGACGUUGUAGGACCUUCGCCUGAAGCAACGCGGAUACUUUCGAUACAGUGCAUAUGCGACCGAUCUCGUUGGAAUACAUGGUAUUUUGCAGGACACAGAGAAGGACGAGACUCCGUUGCUACAGGUUUUACCACUUGAUAGUCAUGGUUGAAGCUGUUUCUAGCGCAAAUACUUUGCGUUCCUCCCAAGCAAGUAUUCAAAGUAACGAGUUUUAUGAUAGAAUAAUUGACGUACAGUUUGAACCAGAUGAAGACAUCGUUAUCACGAGAGCGAGAAGGGCUGAAGGAGUCGGAGUGAGCAAUAAAUGUCUCGUUCGGCC